GCGUCGAGUUGAAGACUAAACGUUUCUUUCAGUCCUCCAUGUCUGUAUCCUGAACGAAUGGAUUCAAUGGCUCAGCGUCCAGACCGUGAUUCUCAGAUAUUUAUAAUAGGAUGCGGCAUCUCAGGAAUCGGUGCUGCUCAGAAAUUAAUCAAACACGGUUUUCAUAAUGUACGCAUUAUAGAAGCAACUGCAAGAAGCGGUGGGAGAAUACGAACGGGCAGACUGGGUGAUAACAUCAUAGAGAUCGGUGCCAACUGGAUCCAUGGCCCGUCGAAGGAAAACCCAGUGUUCCGUUUGGCAUGUGACUAUCAGCUCCUAGAUAAAGAGUCGAUGUCUGAAGAAAACCAGGCCAUUGACAUUGGGGGUCAUCCUCUGUUUGUUCCCAACUGGUUUACCAGUUCAGGUCGGAAACUGGGGCCUGAGACUAUGGGCCCAGCGCUUGAGUUUUUCAUGACAUUACUGGAAAGGAGCCAGCAGUUCCACAGCACCGGUGGAGAACCUCUGCCGAGUGUUGGAGAGUUCAUCAAGGCAGAAGCUGAACGUCUGGCCCCAGAGGAGUGGAAGGAGGACAGAGAUAACUUUGCAGUGAGGAUGGCCAUGAUAAACACACUCCUCAAACUGGAGUGCUGUGUCAGCGGAACACACACCAUGGAUGAUGUUGGUCUAGGAGCAUUUGGCAUGUAUACAACUCUUCCAGGACUUGACUGCACUUUCCCAGGAGGUUAUGAAGGUUUGACUGAUCACAUGAUGAAGGAGCUUCCCCGAGACAUAGUCUUAUACAACAAGCCUGUAAAGUGCAUUCACUGGAACUACACCAAGAAUGGGCCCAACACUGGAGGAACGUCAUUCCCAGUUACGAUUGAAUGUGUUAAUGGAGAAACAUUUGCAGCAGAUCAUGUUAUUGUCACAGUUCCACUUGGAUACAUGAAGAAGCAUCAGAACACUUUUCUGAGUCCUUCUUUUCCACUGCACAAACUACACUCCAUUCAGAGAAUGGGCUUUGGGACGAACAACAAGAUCUUUGUUGAGUUUGAGCAGCCUUUCUGGGAUGAAGACUGUGAACUUAUUUACCUUGUAUGGGAGGACGAGACCCAUCUUACUGAUGUUGUUUCUGAUUUGAAGAUGUCCUGGAUUAGGAAGUUGACUGGGUUCACUGUGCUGAAGCCCACUGAAAGAUUUGGACAUGUGCUCUGUGGAUGGAUCGCAGGGCAGGAAUCGGAGUACAUGGAAUCUCUGUCUGAACUAGAAGUGCUGCAGACUGUCACACAACUCCUUCGCAUAUUUACUGGAAAUCCAACUAUUAUGCCAAGGAAGCUGUUACGAUCUCAAUGGUUCCAUGAGCCCUAUUCCUGUGGAUCUUACUCCUACGUGGCCAAAGGUUGCUCAGGAUAUGACAUCGAUAACCUCGCUGAACCCUUGCCGUUGAAAGGCUCCAACUCAAAGCCUUUGCAGGUGUUAUUUGCAGGAGAAGCUACACACAGGUCUUUCUUCUCUACGGUGCAUGGAGCUUUACUCAGUGGCUGGAGAGAGGCAGAGCGUCUGAUAUCUCACCACACUUCUGCUUCUGGAUCAUUCUCAUCUAAACUGUGAAUGCUGUCCUCGUCUGGAAAGAUUGCCCUUUUCAUUGAAACUGAAAGGGUUUGUACCUUAAAAUCGUCAGUAAAGGAUUAUCCGGAUGUAAUGAAUGACUGCUUGGCAAUUGUCCCAAUGCCUUUGCAAAAAUAUAAGUGGGUAUUUAAAAAUUUCAGUAACGCUUUACACUGAAGUUGCAUUAGUUAACAUGAACAAACAGUGCACGGCGAUACAGCAUAUAUUCAAAUACAACAAUGCUCAUUUCAUUGUUACUAAUCAUGGCCUAAUCAAAAGUUGUAAAUAUACACAGGGCUUUUUCCUGGCUCAGAAUAAAGCAGAGGGGUAUCCUGAUUGUGACAUUUUUGCUACUUAAAACGAACACAUUUUGCAUUAUUUUAAUAUUAUCAAGUAACAUUAUCUUAUUUUAAAAAGGCUAAUGUUAAAUGUAAUGAAAUACAUGACCACUGCUUGAGCAUCACUUGGGGACUGUUGGUAGCCAUGACUUUCUGCCUGAUAUAUUUUAUAUAGAUUAAAAUGUUAUCUAUUUACAGUUGAGGUCAACAUUAUUAAACCCCUUGAAUUAUUAUCGCCCCUGUUGAUUUAUUUUUUUCAUCAAGUUUUUGUUUAAUGGAGAAAAGAUUUUUUUAACACAUUUCUAAACAUAAUAGUUCUAAUAACUCAUUUCUAAUAACUAGUUUCUCUUAUCUUUGCCAUGAUGACAGUAAAUAAUAUUUUAAUAAAUAUUUUCCAAGACACUUCUAUACAGUACAAAGGGAUAUUUUAAGGCUUAACUAGGUUAAUUAGGUUAACUAGGCAGGAUAGGGUAAUUAGGCAAGUUAUUGUAUAAUGAUGGUUUGUUCUGUAGACUAUCAAAAAAUAUAUGGCUUAAAGGGGCUAAUAAUUUUGACCUUAAUGUUUUUUUUUUUUAAUAAAACAAAUAAGACUUUCUCCUGUAGAAAAAAUAUCAGACAUACUGUGAAAAUUUUCUUGCUCUUAAAAUUCAUUUGGGAAAUAUUUAAAAAAGAAAGAAGAUUUCAAAGGGCAGCUAAUAAUUCUGAUUUCAACUUUAUAUAUUAGUUCAUGUUAACUUUUGCAACAAAUGAGGCCUUAUUUUUGUGUUACCAAAUGCUAGUUGUUGUUUCUGUGAUCUGAAAAUAAUUUAUAUAUAUUAAACAUAUUUUCUCAUAAUA